AUGGUGGCGUCCAAAAAAUCCUUUAAGAUCGGUGACUUGGUGUUUGCCAAAGUAAAAGGUUAUCCGCCCUGGCCAGCAAAGAUCACGCGGCUUGACAAGACCAAAUACAAUGUGUACUUUUAUGGAACGGGUGAAACCGCCAAUAUCAAAAAAGAAGACCUGUUCCCCUAUGAAACAUCUAAGGAGAAAUUUGCCACGGAGAAAAUCAUGAAGCGAAAAGGCUUCAAGGAGGCGAUGGCACAGAUAGAAUUAGCAAUACAAGGAGAAGAUCCGAGUCCGGUGAGUCUUGCGUAUGACGUAGCAGCUGUGCAAUCGGGAAUCGACGAUUUUGCUGAUGAGUCAAUUAUCCCAUCUGAGGCAAGUAAAAGCACGUUCAACGAUUCCCGUAUAUCGGCCAACUCAACAGCGUUAGAUGCGAAUAAAUUGCCGCAUGACCUCGUGGACAACCAAUAUCAAGCAGAUACCAACAGAACACCCCAGUUGCCAGCCAAAACUACGAAAGAAGGCAAACCUAGCGUUGGGGCUAAAUCAGGUGUUGCUAAGAAAGCAGUUGGUCCAACGACGACUCCUUCCGUUGCUACAAACAAUGGGACACAGAAAAAGAUAAUCGACAGUGCCACGGUGCAUGAAGAUCGAAUCGAGGAGUUGCAGGAUGCACCCGACCCAAAGGCAGUCGUCAGCAGAAGUGGACGAAAGAUAAAAAUGAAACGAUUUAUGGAUGGGGACGAAGACGACAGCACUUCCACGGGUCCGCCAUCAAAGAAGAAGGCCCCAAAUUCCCUUGCCGCAAAAGACAAAACUGUAGCCACGACACCCGCUACUGCAAAGAAAUUGAGUGCAUUUGAUAAAAUUGAGAGCGAACGCCUAUAUUUUUUGAAGCUCGAACGAGAACUUGUGGAACUUAAUUUGGAAAUAAAAUCGUCCUUAAAGCUGAACUGCGCCGACCCAGAAAGAUGCGUGAAGCUGAUGGAACAGUACCAAAAGCUUAAAGUGACACCAACUAUUCUUAAAAAGAACCCCAAUUGCGUAGAAACCUUGAAACGGUUACGGAAAUACGUAGGCAAUGUGAAGGCUUGGAACAUGGACGAUAAGGAGAAACUAAAGUUCGAUUUCCAAGCUCAGCAAAUCCGACAAAAAGCGGAACAAAUCUAUAAUCAGUUUAAGACUAUGUUCCCAACGCCAGACAGCAAUGUGCCGUUCUGGGACUGGUUCCGGGAUGAAGUGGCUAAGUUCGAGCAAGCUACGAAACAUUUGACACAGGAAGAACUGUAUCUGCUCGUCGAUGAGGCUGAUAUUCGUUUAGGUGCACAGGACGCACCGACAAACUGUGCUGGCCAUAACGUAACGGAAAUGAGCAUUAGCACGGCGGAAAUAGGCUUGAAUGUGAAACGUGAGCUUCUGACGACGGAAAAUGCAACACCCGACGAGAUGACGAUGAAUCCAAGCGAAUAAAGAAAAUUUAUUCAUAAUUUACGACGCUACCUAAACCAAACGAAGCAACAUUUUGGUUUGUUUGGUUUGAAUCGGCCCAUCUUUAAUUACAAAUUCCUUUUCAGUUUGAUCCAUUGCAGAUCAUUUUACGUUAAACAAUACAAACGUUAUUUGCGCGUUCGACUACAUUUUCGAUCGAAGCUUAGUCUGUUAGUACGAUCUAUACAUUGCCGUCGUAUCUAGCUAUUCAUGCUUUAUAACUUUUUCCUUUGUUUAACGUAGACGCAUAAUAUUUUUAAGUCAUUUUGAAGACGUUUUCUUAUACAAAAUUCGAAUCGGGUUUACACGUGACCAGUAAGACACACUAUUUUAUUUGCUGCACCAGCUUUUUAAUUAAACUGUGUCCACACGGACUAUGCUACAAUGUUAAAGUGCUUGCGAGAGCAGUGGUACGAGAAUGCGUAUCGUUAAGAGUAGGAAAUGUGAGCAAUACGCAAACAUUGGUUAGAUAAUUGUGACUAAACCAGCAAAGCAUAGCACGCCCAACCCGGAUUGGCUAGAGGAUUGGACCCUAGAGUGCGUAGGCAGGAAGAGAACGAUCUGGAAUCCGAGUGCUCAUUAAAAAGCGUCUUGAUUUUCAUUAUUAAAUUAAUUACACGUUGUGAGUGCUUUCUUGAGUCGCCAGUUAUAACGAUUGUACGCAAAGGGUUAAAACAAUGACGAUCGUGUGUAUGCUAUAUAUUCUUCACCGCACUUGCAGGCUGUUUCUACGGCCUGUAUCAAUAGCAGAGUCAGAAGCAAGGCCGUAAGAGUAAAGAGAACGAGAAAUAAAAAGA